AGAUGCAGGAUUAUGUAAGCGAAGGUAUUUCAAAGACCAGGAGCGAAACCAACAGCAUCCUUGGAACCCUUGGCUUUACAAAACCUUUACACCGUGCCGCGGGAACACAGCGUUCAGAGGUGUUCCUGACGCGACGGCCCUGAUUUUGUAGGGCUCGUCGCCCAAUCCUUGUGGAUAUCCACCUCCAUUCGACCCAGUUCAAAAAGGCUCCAAGCCGGUGUUCUUAGUCUAGGGAAACGCGAUGCGGGCCUCGAAAGCACUACGUGUGCUCGCGAUUCUGCGGAACAUGCGACCUAAUCGGUCUGUGGUUAAUGGAAGUGGGCCUUUGUCGAGAGUAGCAUUACACUACAUUGGUAUUGCAGAUAUAUGGAGACACUGGCUCAGUGUGCGGGGGGCCAUUGAGAGCGGCCCACAAUUUGCACUGAUGCCGGAGACACCAGGUGUCAAGUCUCACUUUGAUAUGGGAUAUACUCUUUAUUCCUCUGAGAGAGAUCGAAAACUGAAAACCCGAUUGGACGAACACCGGCGAAGGAACAUGGCGCGAAAGACGGCAAAAGACACCGACGACCCAAUCCUUGGCUUCCUGGAGGGCUUCGCCAAGCGUAUGCGCGCGAGACAUUCAGCCAACGUGAAAGGUCAAUCCCGCGCCCAAAAGGGGUUGGAGGAAGAGGUAGAAACAGCACGCAGACGGUUGGAAGAGAUCCCAGAGGGUCGGUGGGUACGUGCUUACUGGAGGUUCGUGCUGAGUACUGGAGAAUUCCUUCUAAACCGUGGGAAACGGGCUGAACGAAGAGGGGAGGAGAAGUUGAGAAGGUCAGCAGAGCGCAUGCAACGUAUGAAGUCUGGGCUUGAAAAGGAGAAGGCCGAGAUUGAGAUGAGUGAACGAUUGGAAGAAGUUUUGCAAGAUUUCAACCUGAGAAUGUCUUCCCUUGAAAACAAAGGAUCUGGAACUGAGACAAACAAACAAAUGGAAACCCUUUUACGCUAUUUCAAAGCGAGGAUAACUGCGCUUAAAAAGGAUGGGACUGCAACUAAGACGAGAAAGCGGGUGGAGGAGAUUUCGCAAGAUAUUGAACAGUGGUUACAUGAGCUGCGGAAGGAGGGAAAUGGGAACGAGAAGUCGACAGGGAAGUAUGAGUGGGCUAAGCAGAGGUCGAGGGCGGGUCUGAAGCAGAGGGGAAGCUGAAUGGAAGGAGUCUCAAGAUGCUGAUACUGGGAGCAACGGCUUUUGUUUGAUAUUUGGAGCUCAAGGGACGAGUGUAAAAUAAUCAUCUCCUCAGCAUAUACGUACUUGAGUAUAACUAUCUGCCAGGUAAAUUUACACUACCCGCGAG